AUGACGGUGGACGGAAAGAAGUCACAAGUGACACGAUAUGUGAAGAAAUGCAUACCAACGAAGCGGAGCCUCGGCAAAUUCUUCUCCUACACUCGACUCCUCUUCUCGCUAGACUACACCAAGACCGACGUCUUCCUCAUCGUAACCGGUGUCUUCUUUUCCAUCGCAGCCGGAAUUCCCUUCCCACUUCUCGGAAUAGUUUUCGGCGAGUUGAUCAACGACCUCAACACGGCCACAUGCUCUCCAUCCGAUAAUACAAACGCCGGCGUGACGGAUGGUGUCCGCACAAAAGUUUUAUACGUGAUAUACAUCACCAUUGCCAAUUUUUGCUUUAUAUACAUCCACUGCAGUUGCUGGAGUCUGAUCAGUGCGCGAAUAGCCCGCCGGUAUCGACGCCGCUACUUCGAGAGCGUCAUUCGUCAGGAAACGGGAUACAUUGAAAGUCUACCGGCUGGCGAUGUCGUUUCAAGACUGGUGGGAGACAUCGAGGUCGUCCAGUCUGGCACUUCAGAGAAAGUGGGAUUGGUGAUUUCCACGGUCUCAUAUUUCGUGACUUCGUAUGUUGUUGCGUUUAUCAAGGUUCCUCAGAUUGCAGGAAUGCUGGUAUCUGUUGUGCCGUGUUAUUUUCUCAUGACUUUCGUUGGAGGAUACUAUAUCAGGAAAUACGCGGGUCGAAUUUCCGAGCACUCGGAUGCUGCCACAUCGAUUGCAUCUUCGAGUCUGUCCCAUUUGAUGUUGGUGCAUGCUUUCAACGCCCAUGAUCGGUUGGAAAAAUUGUUUGCGAAUCAUAUCUCUGCCUCCCGCAUGGAUGCGCUCAAGAAGGCCGCUACACAUGCUGGACAAUUGGGGUUCCUCUAUUUUGUUGCAUACAGUGCGAAUGCGCUGGCCUUCUGGGAGGGAGCUCAGUUGAUUGCCGAUUCAGUCGAGGCUGGUGGCACUGGCGUAUCAGUCGGAGCCGUGUAUACCGUGAUUUUCGUUCUGAUCGAUGCGUCGUUCAUUCUGAGCCAGGUCGCACCAUUUGUUCAUGUAUUUGCUUCCGCUGCAGGUGCAGCUGAUAGGCUCCUGGAGGUCAUCUUCCGCAAGUCCAACAUUGAUGGCACUUCUGAUUCCGGCGAUAUGUCCGCACCAUUCGACUCCGAGGAUAUCAUUUUCCGAGAUGUCCAUUUCACGUACCCGUCGCGUGCGGAUGUGCCGGUCUUAAAGGGAGUGGAAUUCAGGAUUCCUCCCCGAAAACACACGGCGAUCGUUGGGCCCUCCGGGGGAGGCAAGUCGACCAUCGUGGCCUUGUUGGAACGAUUCUAUGACCCGAUGUCUGGCGAAAUCCGCAUUGGUGACCAAUGCUUCCGCGAUUUGAAUGUCAGAUACUUGCGCGGGAAUAUCGGCUUCGUGCAACAAGAGCCGUCAUUGCUUGAUCGUUCUAUUUUGGAGAAUAUUGCAUAUGGUCUACUUACCUCGGUUGUUGAGCGUCACCAGCCACUUGCUCCUUUCAUUUUUGAUUCUAGCCUUCCCGACCUGGUUGCGCAGCUGCGUACCGGUCUCUCUGAGAAGAAAGCACUGGAAGGACGCGAUCCUAAAGUAUCUGAGAUCGUGAGCUUGGUUCGGCAAGCAGCUGCGAAUUCUAAUGCUUUGAACUUCAUCGAUGCAUUACCACAUGGCUUUGCAACAACUGCAGGCGCAUCUGGUAACAUGUUGAGCGGUGGGCAAAAGCAGCGUAUCGCAUUGGCGCGAGCGUUAGUACGGGAGCCAUCAUUACUGAUUCUUGACGAAGCAACCGCAGCACUCGAUUCGACCAGCGAGAAACUCAUUCAAGAAGCUUUGGCCAAGGUUUCCGAGCGCGUGACUACCGUUUCGAUUGCCCACCGUCUUGCGACUGCUAAAGAUGCACACAAGAUUGUCGUUAUCAAGCAAGGUCGCGUUACCGAAGAGGGGUCUCAUGCAGCACUGGUGGCUCUUGGUGGCUCUUAUGCUGAAAUGGUGCGCCUGCAGAACCUUGGGAAGUUGAAAACGGACUUGAGUCAGGAUCCUAUUAGGCAGACUCACGGCCCGGCUAUCAUCGCCGAGUUGCCUGUUGAUAACAAAGAGGCUUUAAUCGAUGCUAUCAGUGCCGAUGUCAUCGAUGAAAGUCUGCCAGUAUACCGCCCCAAGCAAGAGACUGAAAAAGAGCAGAAGAUUCGUGAAAAGAAAGAACUGAAAGCUGCAAAGAAGAGCAAGCGUUCGAGGUGGUUCACCACAAAAUUUACCUUCUCAUUAUUGCGUCCGAACAUCCAUUUCAUUUUCCUUGGUUUCGCCAUGUCAGUCGUUAUCGGUGGCAGCUAUUCAGCAGAGGCUGUCAUUUUCGGUCAUACUGUUGGGGCAUUGAGUCCCUGUGAUGGCGCGGAAGGGAUUCGAUCAAGCGGCAAUCUAUACGGUCUGCUGUUCUUCAUCAUGGCAUUGAUCGAAUUGUUGGCAAACAUCGUCAGUGGUUGCGCUUAUGGUUGGGCCGCGGACAAAAUUCUGUACCGUGUUCGCGUAUUGUCCUUGCGAUCGUUGCUGAACCAGACCGUCAAGUGGCAUGGUGACGAUGAUCGCUCGCCGGGUACCCUCCUCACGUAUAUCACCCGUGAUGCUACUGCAUUGAGCAGUAUCACUGGCACGACUAUCGGUCUGCUCCUGGCCACUGCCGUAAAUCUCAUCGCUGGCUUGGUGAUUUCGUUCGCCAUUGCGUGGAAAAUCACGAUCGUCCUGUUGCCCACGAUCCCAGUGCUGUUGAUUGCGGGUAUGAUGAAAUUGCGCACACAGGCGCAGUUCGCGGAACGGCAUCAGAAAGCAUUUGCAAAAGCGACAGCCAUCACCGUAGAGGCAGUCAACAACAUUCGUGCGGUGUCGGCUUUUUCUCUCGAACGGCAGUCAUAUGCGGUAUACGAGCGAGCAUUGAAGGCGCCGUAUCGUGAAACUCUGAAAUCCAUUGCGUUCGGAAACGUGUUCCUUGCUAUGGCUUUCAGCAUCAGUAAUCUGGUCUACGCCUUGGCAUAUUGGUGGGGAACUCGCCAAAUCGUGGCCGGGCUUUACUCGCAGACGCAAUUCUUCAUAGUGCUGCCAGCGCUUCUAUUCAGCACGCAGUCCUGUGGACAGAUGUUCGCUCUUGCACCCGACAUCUCAAAAGCAGGGCUGGCAGCAUCGAAUAUUGCAGACCAUCGCCAUGACACACAUCUGCUCGAAGAGAAGAUUCCGGACCCGGAAGCCGCCCACCCUGAGCAACAGUCUUCAAUUUCCACAGAAGAACCGCCCCCGAUGAGCGGCAUUGGCGCCGAGCUUCAAAACGUCCACUUUGAGUAUCCUUCUCGCCGCGGUCAUCCCGUCCUCCGUGGCUUAAAUCUGAAAAUCCAGCCCGGUCACUUCUGCGCACUGGUUGGGCCCAGCGGCUCCGGGAAAUCCACAACUUUUGCGAUGUUGGAGCGCUUUUAUCGUCCGGAAUCUGGAAGCGUUCUGAUAGAUAACGUCAACAUAACUCGUCAGCAGGGUACAGUCUUCCGCGAUGAGAUUGCCCUCGUACCACAGGAAAACGUAAUGUUUGAGGGGACAGUCGCCUUCAAUAUUGCUCUCGGUGGACGACCAGGACACGAGCCCUCUCAGCAUGAAAUCGAAGAAGCAUGCAUGAUGGCAAACAUUCAUGAGGUCAUCAUGUCCCUGCCGCAUGGAUACCAGACGCCGUGCAGCCAAGACGGCAAGCAGUUCUCCGGCGGCCAGCGACAGCGUCUUUCCAUAGCGAGAGCUUUGGUGAGGAGGCCUCGGCUGUUGUUGCUCGAUGAGUCGACGAGUGCGUUGGAUGUGGAGUCCGAGAAAAAGAUUCAGGAUGCCCUUGCGACUCUGUCGGGGAGGACGACGAUUGUUGCGAUCGCGCAUCGACUGAAUACCAUUCACAAGGCGGACUGCAUCUAUCUCAUGGAGGAUGGUAGGUGCGUGGAGCAGGGGACUCACGGUGAGCUCGUCCAGGUCAGUGAGACAUAUCGUACUAGUGUUAUCCAUCAAUCGCUGGAGGCAUGA